AGCUGUCCGCAUUCGUCCGAGAUACACCAUAUCGCGAACGUACGGUCACUGUAUACAGGGAAAAACAAACAGAACCAACGCAAUGUUAAUAAUGGUACUCUCCAGUGCGGUGUGCUAGUGUUUCGGGUGGUGCUACGGAUUUUUGUGGUGUGCGACGGGAUUUUUUCCACAAAAAAAUGAGUGACAGUGCAGGGAUUGACGUCUCCAAGCUGCCGGAAGAUAUACGGGAUAAGCUGGCCGAAUUGGAUCUGGAAUUAUCUGAAGGUUUAGCGAUAUGAAGCUCUCAACUAACCGAACACACUCCAAAACAGCGAAACAAAAACACUAAAAUGUGGCGAACCAUCGCCAAAAAUCAACCGACAGCACCACCGCUGCAUUUGAACACCUAAACCUCCAAAAAACCCUGAAGAUGAAGCCUAUAACUUUCGAAAACUUGCGUCGCCUCAUGGGCGGCGGCAGAAAAAAGAAAGACAAAGAAUCAUCGUUUAAAAGGAGCGAUUCUUUCAAGAGAAUCUCGAUCAGGAAGAGUUACCUGGAUAGGGGAAGAAGAAGAUCAUUCCCAAGCUUGAAGUAGCUACUCAGACAGUCACUGAAGAGGAAUUACUGAGUCAGUUACCGGAGGAAGGCGUUAAGAAGGUUGAUACAUCGGUUCAAGUUGAUAAAGUUGAUUUAAAUGCGACUAUUAAGUCUGGGAAAGAGAUAGCUUGUAGUAAAAACUAUCGGAAACAGAAUCAAGAAGGUAAUAGCGUUGUGGCGUACAGUCAGUGGUUGCAGGAAAUACGAAAAGAAGACGCUCCAGUUUCAACAUCAAUUAAAGGAUCUGAAAGAACAAUUAUCUAUGUCCCUGCAUCAGAUGAACGGCCUUCGAGUCCAGUAAUACGACAACUGUCUUCAUCUCCGGUUGUAAGGAAGAAAAACAACACUUCUACAACUCAUAUCUAUAACCAAGUCACCUCAAACCUUUGUAGAAAGGAGAGUAAUGAUUCUGCAGUUGAGAUGUUUCCUUGGGGUGAUUCAACUGAAGUCAAGAAAAGUCCCUUGGUUCGAAGAAGAUCACGACAGAGUCCUACACCGCUACUUCUACCUACAGAUUCCGGUACUGAAGAGAUGUGUUCUCUUUCGAUAAGUUUAGGAAGAAUUUGGAUGGAUGCUCCUCAAGUCAUGACGCCUAGAAGUCUGGAAAUGCCUAAGUCUUCUUCUGCUUCGAAUCCACCACCAGCUCACCAUUCGCUGGACAGUGCUUUGAAGGACCUUCGUGACGAUCCUUUGGUGUCUAACCGGUUGCAUAAACGUUCCACGCCUCCGGUGACGAGGACUUUGAGUUCGACCAGCAAUAACACUACGUCGACUGGUUUGUUCUCCAGUAAGGAUUCCGGGUUUAGUUUUUCGAUAAGUGCUCCGCGUCUGAGUGAUUUUCACGCGAAUUUCGCCCCUAAUGGGUCAUCGACGAAAGGUUUUUUUCGGAAAAAGUCGCGGCCCAAACCGAAGUUGAGUGUGAGUCGGGAUGGGUACUUCAAAAGGACUAGCGGUGCGUUGGUUGUGGACACGAAAAGGACCUCUUUGAGGCGGAGGAGUAGUAAGAAGAAGAAGAAUAAAGGGAAGAAGAGUAAGAGUAAAGAGAAGGAUAAUGGUACCAUCCGAAGUGACAUCUACCAAGUGGUCGUAUCCCGACCUCAAAGAGCUGUGGCAGCCCUAAAACUAGACCCCAUGAUCUUCGUACCGCCAGAAAAACGAAAAGCUGGUUCCCAGAAACCCCUGUUCAAAACGAAGGAAAUUCGUACCUUAGCUUCAAUGGAUACACCUCUUUAUGCUACGACCCGUAGUAUGGGCAGUACCGAUGAAGGAUUAUAUGAGAGUUUGCCAGGGGAUUAUGACUAUCUCACUGACGAGGAGGAGAUCAACUUGGAGAGUUUUUCUAUGGAGAGGGAGCAAGUGGAGGAGACCAGGGAGAUUACUAGUGGUUACGGGGUGGUACGGAAGUACUGUAAAAGGGUUGAGGAGGAGAAGAAGUUUACGAAGAAGGAAGAGAGGUACUACUUGUUUUUUUUAAACAGAUACAGUGUUUCAGGGUAUUUUCAGUAUCAUACGGGCAUUUUUAUUAAGUAA